AUGUCCAAGCUAAAUAGAGAUAUUCUUUAUCUAAUAUUUGAAGAAUUACAAGAUGAUAUAAGGACCCUUUAUUCAUCUCUAUUGGUCAACAAAACAUGGUGUGAAAUAAUCGUUCCAAUUUUAUGGAAAAAUCCUUGGAAGUAUUUGACGGAUAAAAAUGACUACUUACUAGUUGACGUAAUUAAUUCACACUUAUCGGAAGAAUCUAAAAAUAAUUUAAUAAUUCAUGGUAUUAAUUUUUUUACAACUUUUUCUCAAAAACCCUUAUUUAAUUAUUUCAGUUUUUGUAAACAUUUAAAUUUAAGUUCGAUUGAUAAGAUAAUUAAUAGUACUUUUAAAUUUUAUUACUCUUACUCUGAAUCGAUUGUAUCAAUUAUUAAAAAUGAGAUAUACAAUCUUUUUAUCAAUGAAAGUACAAAGUUAACACAUCUUUAUAUACCUCAACAUUUUGAUUAUCAAAUUCAUCUUAUUCCUGGAGCUAAACACUGUUUUUCAGAAAUUAUGUUCCUUAGUUGUAAUACUAGAGUAAAUGACAGCGUAUUAAUGGGAUUAGCAGGAAUAUGCCAAUCAAUUAAAGAAUUGGAACUUUUUGUUGACCUGAGAAAUAGUAGCAAAAACAGUUAUGGGAUUAUUAAAUUAAUUGAUGCUUCUAAAAAAUUAAUUGAUGUUCGUCUAUUAACCAUUAAUGCUAUAUUUUCAUUAUGUACUUAUCCAAUCUUAAAUAAUCUAUAUUAUAUUGAAGAAUCAUUUCAUAUAAUUCUUGAAAAUUCAUUAAUGAAACAUGCACAUACUAUACAAUACUUUAAGAUAAAUACACCACCUGCUACAAAAAUUCUUUCAACUUUGGUAAAUUUAAAAAGAUUAGAAUUAAAUAAAAUUAAUCACAAUAUAAAGUUAAAAUUUAAUGGCCUAGAAAAUAAUAUAUCCCUACCUUCGUUACAAAUCUUAAAAACUGAUAUUUUUCAGAUCAAUACUUUAAGAAAUUUAAUUGUUAAUACAAAUGGAAAUCUUACUAAAAUAAGUAUUGAUUAUAUUUUCCAUAGUGAGACUGAUAAUGAAAAUAUUAUUAAAGCUAUUUAUCAAAGUUGUCCAAAUCUUAUGUUUCUUAAAUUAGUGUUUAGAAUCGAAAAUAUUUUAGAAUUAGAAAAACUUUUAAUUAAAUGUCAGUAUUUAAAUGGAUUCUAUUUUAAAAUCUUAAAUUUAUUAGAUUUGGAUAAAUUAUUCGAAAUGUUAACUAGAUCAUCACCAACUAGUUUAUUUAAGUUUAAGUUUAAUAUUAUUUCUCGUGAACAAAUUACUCCAGAAAUUUUUAAAUUAUUUAUUAAUAAUUGGAAAGGAAGACAUCCCAUGUUAUUACAAAUUACUCCAUAUGAAUAUACUGAUUUAUUUGAUCCAGAAAUUAUUAAAAGUUUUGAUCAUUUGCGGAUUAAUUCUGAAGAUUUUGAAUGGUAAAAGAGAAAUUUUAUUAAUAGGCAUAGUAAAUAAGAGAUAUAUUUAGAUUAUGCAAUAGUCAUUUUGUUCACGCUUUUUUUGUUUAAAAUAAAGGGCAAUUUUUAAAUUCUUAUAU